AUAGCGGAGAGACGAGCGGUAGCGAAGCUUCCCCCUAGCGUACCCCGUACUCCCCUUCCGCUCUUCCACGAGGCGAACUGGUGAUGUUAUAGCACGAAAUCUCGUCAUCAUGUUUGUUGUUUGCUGAUUUCUGUUUGUUUUUGGCUCUGUGUGAGUGUUUGUUUUAGCACAGACCGACAGACAUUGACUUUGGACGAACAUUUUCUAGCCGUCGUGCAUAGUUUCUAGCCAUGUAAGUGAAAGGCAUAGUCGCUGUAGUCCAGUUCGAUAUUCGCGCCAAGCUUUUUGUUCCAAUAUUCAGAUCAACAAAAUUUGGUUAAACGCAAUAUCUGCACAUGUACGACUGUUGAAGAGCAAAUAACGUACGAAAUAUGGAGUGGUGUCGCGAAAAAGUGAUUUGUUUGAUACGUUUGUUUGAGGAGCGUCCAUGUUUGUGGGACAAAACGCACAAGUUCUACCGCGAUAGGGACGCUAAAAAUGCCGCCAUGUUGGAAAUAUCCGAACAGUUGAAUCUGUCCUGUAUUGAAGUGGAACGGAAGUUGAAUACGCUAUUGACACAGUAUCGGCGCGAAAAACAUGUUCAACGGAAAAUGGAAUCGGCGGGUUGCUUGGUGAAGAAGCCGUGGUUCGGUUACAAUUUGCUCAAAUUUCUGGAGAAUGCAGAUAACAAGUAUUUCAAUAAAUGGACACUGAACAAAUCCGAAAAUCUACCCAAUACUGACAUCGAGUCCUUACAACGAGUUCUGUUUAAUACAGAAGGAAUUAACACAGUUCUUCAACAGCCAUCACAAGACGAAGAAUCCUUACCAAAUGCAACGGAACCUGAAAUUGUUGUUGAGCAAACAGCACCAGAAACAUUCCCGCGUCCCAUCAGAGAACGUGAACGGGGGCAAAAAAGACGAAGACAUUCCCCAGAUAGAACUAGUAUUAGAAUCAAUCAAGCAUACCGCAUCCUGCGAACAGCUUUCAAACAAUCACAACAAAGGGAUGAUUUGAAAAUAUUUGCCGAGGGAGUCGAGAGUCGUUUACGAAACAUCAAAGACAGGAAGAAAGUAUGUAUUUUGAAACAUCAGAUUGAGACUCUGUUAUUUACCGCUGAAAUGGAAGAAUUGGCCCACGCUUCAAUGUCAGCCGCGGCUUUUGGACUAGACGGGCAAUCGGUGAUUUGUAAGUCGAAUAUCGCACCAAAGACAGAUGAAAAUUCUAAAGCUUCAUAAGUUGAGAGAAAAUUGUUGUGUGAUAAAAUGUUUUGUUGUGUUAAAGAUAAUAAAGUGAUUAUUGCUGUUU